AUGGCUUCCGCCAUUAAGGAAGUCCAUACCACGGCGUUACUCCAGUGGCAAGCAAUCGCCGAUCUACCACAAGAUCUUAAACAGAGAGUCAGCAGCCAGCUAAAGUCGCUGGUGAUGGGCCCACGAGCUAUUGAGACGUUUGGCCAGAUUUUGUCGGGCACACCCUGCAUACGCUCAGCAUUCGAGAUGGGCGAUACGACUCUACUACAACGACUCCGCGAGCAAGAAACGCCCGGACAUGAAACCGAAAGCCAUCUUAGCAGAGCACUCGAGUUCGCAGGAAAGCAAGAUAUCGGACGCAUACAGAUUCAGAUACCCGAAGCUUGGGCAAGCAUCACCACUCCGACGAGCAUCGUGGACAUCUACCCGCGUCCAUACCUUGUGGGCAUGUACUUGCUCAACGUUGUCGACCCCGUGUUCUGCGACCUGUUCGUGCGAUGCUUUGAACAAUGUCGCUGUUCACCACUUAAACCUUACUGGCAGUCGAGCGACACAAUGUUGGACUGGGCCAAAGAAGAACUAUUCGGUGGACGCAUGCACUGCGAAGCAAUCAAUACAGAGGCCUCGACCAACGUUCGCAAUUCGCUUGCGUCGGAUACAGAGACUCAUGCAGAAGGACACGGCUAA